AUGCUUCAAUUCAGCGAAACAUCAACAAAAGUAAAAUUACCGGAAAAUUAUGAAUGUUAUAAAUGUGCGAUUAGAGCCAUACAAACAACAAUGAUGGCAGGAAAAAGUCAAACUUUUUAUUCAUGUGCUGAUGUAAAUAUUGUCAGUGAAAUUCUGGAUGGUGAUACAUGUCUUGGAAAUGGACUAAGAAAUAAUGGAAUAUGUGAAUGUAUUCCGCAAAUGUUUGGAAACAAUUGCCAGUAUCAAUAUGACUGUAUAAAUAAUGCAAAUUGCAACAAUUAUGGUCAGUGUAUUUCAUUUCCUAAAGAAGCAUUAAAAAUAAAGCAGUGCUUUUGUCAACGAGGCUAUUUUGGUAAAAAUUGUUUGCAAGAAUCGAAAAGUUUUACGGAUGAUUCAGAAUUUAUCCCAUCUUUAUAUCAAUUGCGUGAAGUUGGAAAGGAUAAAGAUAAAAUUUACUGGAGAAUAUUGCAGGUUCUUUUUUAUUUAAAUUUUAGCUAAAA